AUGAAUAUUUCAAUUGUACUCAAGCUGCUCCUUAUGGGGUUUCCAUGGCAAGUGGGGUAUAGCCAUCCGUCCGCCCAUAUUUUCCCCGAACAACGAGGUAUCAUGCAACCACAGCCAGACUACCCUCUUACCAUGAAAUCUUCAACGCUUGAUAAGAGAGCUUUUCCUAAUGCUCCCGAUCAAUACACCCCGCAGAGUGAAGUUUGUUCUACAGACAGACCAUCCAUCCGCAAUGGGUCAAUGUUAUCGACCAACGAAACCAAAUGGCUUGAGCAACGACGAAAUUUCACCGUUGAUGCAAUGAUAAAAUUCCUAGCUCGACAAGACUUGGGCUCUCUGAAUGGGUCUUCGUAUAUUGAGAAGAAUGCUGCCAAUGCAUCCGCGCUUCCAGUCCUUGGAAUUGCAGCAUCUGGUGGUGGUUAUCGAGCACUCAUGAAUGGCGGGGGCGCCUUGCAAGCCUUUGACUCUCGGACAGUCAAUUCCAGCCUUCCAGGCCAUUUAGGAGGUAUACUGCAGUCCGCUACUUAUCUCACUGGGCUGAGCGGGGGCAGUUGUGGAAAUGUGUGGAUGUUUCAAGAUUCAAUAUUUGUUGGCCCGACGCAGAGCACAGAUUUCGAUGUUCGGACGUUCGAAUAUUUCUCACAAAUACAGGAUGCCGUAGCCGGAAAAUACAGUGCUGGCUACAACACUUCCAUUACUGACUAUUGGGGUCGGGCACUCGCCUAUCAGCUCAUCAAUGCUACUGAAGGUGGUAUCAGCUACACCUGGUCAUCCCUUGCGUUAAGCACGGAUUUCCAGAGGGGGGCUACGCCCAUGCCCAUCAUUGUAGCAGAUGGUAGGGCUCCUGGGCAAGUUCUCAUACCUGAUAACACGACAGUGUUCGAAUUCAAUCCAUGGGAGCUCGGGACGUUUAAUCCACCGUUGGAGGCUUUCGCGCCUCUUCAGUUCCUCGGGUCAAAUUUUUCUGCUGGAAAGCUUCUUCCAGGAGAAAAAUGCGUUCGGGGGUUUGACAACGCGGGAUUUAUCAUGGGAACAUCAUCUUCGCUUUUUAACCAAGCAUUCCUGAUGGUUAACAACACUGAAGCACCUCAGGCAAUAAAGAAUUCUCUUAAUCGAAUCCUCGGCUCAAUCGGAGAGGCAAAUCAAGAUAUUGCCGUAUACGAGCCGAACCCCUUCUACCUAUACACCAGUCAGUCCGAAUACGCUAAUUCUACUGUCCUAACGCUAGUAGAUGGCGGAGAGGACCUUCAGAAUAUACCACUAGAACCUCUGCUACGGCCGCAGCGCAAAGUAGAUGUGAUCAUAGCACUGGAUUCCUCCGCCGAUACCAAUUCGCGGUGGCCUAACGGUACUUCCAUGGUCGCUACAUACCAGCGCAGUCUAAGUUCAUUAGGCCACAACAGCGGGAUCGCCUUCCCAUCCGUGCCGGACCAGAAUACCUUCGUCAACUUGGGGCUUAACCACCAACCUACCUUCUUCGGCUGCAAUAGCUCAAACAUGAGCAGCUCGGCGCCCUUGGUCAUCUAUAUUCCGAACUCACCGUACAUCUACCAAUCGAAUGUAUCUACGUUCGACUUGCAGUAUAAUACCACAGAACGUGAUUUCAUUAUCGAAAAUGGCUAUGACGUCGCUACGAUGGCCAAUGCAACAAUCGACCCGGACUGGCCGACAUGUUUGGCCUGUGCGAUCUUGAGUCGAAGUCUAGAGCGCACCGAUACCGCCGUCCCAGAAAGAUGCACGAUGUGUUUUCAGCGGUACUGCUGGAAUGGCACCACGAAUGACACAGAUCCGGGCACCUAUUACCCCCCUUAUGCACUCUCGCAAGCAUAA